AUGCCUGAAUACAAAUACGGGCCAGUGGAAGUUACGCAUGAAUCCAACAAUUCUGUCAUAGAACAGCCUGGUCCUACGCCCUUACCAGCCGUGCGAUGGGCCGCAAGCGGAUCGAAGCGGCCGAUCGAUGUUCUUGACGUUUUCGCGGUUCUGGUGUCUUUUGCCUGCCUCGCUGUAGGCGUCGCAGCUAUUUCGCCGAACCUGAGCCUGGCCUGGCGACUGGGAUUUGCUAACCAGCUCAUUCUGGUAGGGUUCCUCUUGAGCAUAAUGAGCCUUUGCUUCAACCACAUUGCGCCGACAGCCUUUCUGCGAUUCGAGGCGCGCUUCGGCAAGUCAUGGCUCCAGAACUACGAUGCCAUCCUCCGGAACCAACUCUUUCAAUCACACAGCAGCCUAGUUUGGCGACUGCUGAUACUCUUAUCUCUAUGCUUACCGUUGGGCUUGAGUGUGGCUUACAAGCGUUUCAUCGGCGGUAAGAGCGACCACUACAUACACGAUACCGAAGGCAUGUACGGGAUGGCUGCCCCUCCUGGUAUACAACAAGUCGGAAUUACAGGUCUGUCGCUGAUGGCCAACGCUACACUCCCCUUGUUCCUUUACUGGAGGACUGCCGACUCCCCACCGCCGCUACCUCCGCUCCCGCAGCCGUUUGGCUUCAAUCUAGUCCUUCUGUCCAAGACCGCAAGUGCAGUACUGGAUGCGCCAGAACCAGACUACGUGCAAGCACUGCGAGGUAAGCUCUCCGCAGGCGAGGAGCUCAGAAUCGAAGCAGACGUACGCGGCACCGUUACCACAAUCGACAGCGAAUUUGAUGGCGCUCAGACGGAUCCCUCAUUCUGGGAGCCCUAUGAGUUAGGGUCCGCAAGUCUUUACGGACGGGGCUAUAUCAGUCUUUUUCACGACCUCUGGGGAGUCGAACUAGUUGCGUACAUGUCCACGACCUUUGCCGCUGUUGUUCGCGGUUCCGAAGACGACAGCACCGUAUUCCACGAGCAGGCCCUGAAGUUCGACACGUUUCGCAAACAAUGUAGAGGGACAUGGUCGGUCACUGCCUCGACGGUGGUGUUGCUCAACGGCAGCUGCAGCGACGAAGCCCUCCCUCAAGUCAGUCAGAGGAUCUUUACCAACACCAUCCCAGCCUUUGCUACAUGGUAUAUGCCCACCCUUGCGGACUACCUCGGCAUUUUCACCGAAAACUACACAGAUACGGAAAGGUACAUCGAUACCGAAUGGGCCAUGCCGUCGUUCACAACAAUCGUGGCAGCGAUGUACUGGUCCCGAAUGUCGUGGUUGAACUGGAACGCGGACCCAUAUUUUGCCCAUCAAAACCAAGACUACGACGAGACGCACUACAACGUGGUAGAUAGCAUCAUCUCUAUCAAACCAACACUGCGCGCCACGUGGCCGCUAUAUCUAGUCUUGGCUGUUUAUCCGCUGUUGACAAGUUUGCUUAUGCUUGCGAUUUUGCUGCUGAGAAAGGUUCCGAUCGGCAAGAACUUCGGUACGCUGGCCAUUCUGACGGGCGUGGAUGGUGAGGACUUGGGUUCGCUGAAGAGACGGACGGUAUCUGGGGAGGUCAAAGCACCUGUGAUGCUCGAAGUCGUUCGUGGGAACUACAAACCGGACAGAUAG